AUGGCCAUUCUAGAUACCGCUGAGAUAUUACAUCUCCCCAGAUGGUCACUCAUCGCCUCUAUUUUUGUUGUGAUCUGGAUACUCCGUUCCAUCUAUCGCCUAGCAUUCCACCCUUUGAGGACAAUCCCGGGACCCGUCAGCCGCGCGAUAUCGCACAUUCCCCAUGCGCAGUCCAUACUUAGCGGGCGCCUACCGUACGAUCUCACUUCGCUACAUGCCAGAUAUGGCGAGGCGGUGCGCAUCUCUCCAGAUAUGGUGUCAUUCACCGCACCUGAAGCGUGGACAGACAUCUAUGGCCAUGGACCCAAUCGCAACUUUCCAAAAUGGGGUAUGACGCGUAGUCACAAGACGGUCGACCACCUUUUAUCAGCCAAUAAUGCAGAUCACUCGCGGCAACGUAGAACGGUGAAUCACGCGUUCAGCGAAAAAGCACUGCGGGCUCAGGAGGGCCUUUUGAUGCGCUACAUCGAUCAGUUUACAAACGCGCUUGCAGCGCACGGUACUGCAGAGAUCAAUGUGAAAAACUGGUUGGAAUACACUGCAUUCGAUGUCGUUGGUGAUCUGGCGUUCGGCGAAUCAUUCGGUUGUCUCUCAAACGGCAGAUAUCACCCGUGGGUUGAAUUGUUGUUCCCUUUUAUCAAGGCAAUUUCGCUGUUUGGAGCGGCAAGGCUGUUCAAGCCGUUCACUCCACUCAUCAUUGCCCUUCUGCCCAAGAAGGACAUCAAGAGCCGCAUGCAGCACAUCAAGCUGAGCGCCGAGAAAGUCCAUAAACGCCUCGCUGCUGGGGAGCAGCCGCAUCGCUCUGACUUCUGGACGUACAUCCUACGAAAUAACGACGAAAAGGGUAUGAGUAUUGAGGAGAUGGAAUCGAAUGCCAGCCUCUUUCUCACAGGUGGAAGCGAGACUGUUGCGACAGCGCUGUGUGGAAUCAUGUACUUGCUGGCAAAGAACCCGGUGGCGAUGCAGGCACUGCGUGAAGAGAUCUUAGGGGCAUUUUCCAAGCAGGAGGAGAUAAACAUGAUCCGUGUAGGCGGUCUCAAAGUGCUGCAGGCUACAAUCAACGAAGGGAUGCGCAUCUACCCACCCGUUCCUGCAGGUCUACAGCGCGUCGUUCCCAGGGGAGGCGCAGUCAUCGCGGGGCGCGCCGUGGCCGAAGGCACCAUCGUCAACGUCUCCCAACAACCCGCGUACCAUCUCCCAAACAACUUCGCACACCCUGAGCGCUUCGCGCCUGAGCGCUGGCUUGAUCUCGCACCGUCCGAGUAUUCGAACGACAAAAGGGAAGUGUUCCAGCCCUUUAGCACAGGGCCGCGUAAUUGUGUUGGGAAAAACCUCGCCAUGGCAGAGAUGAAGCUGAUUCUGGCGCGACUCGUCUGGCAAUUUGACUGGCAGCUGGCUGACGACAAGUUUGCCCUUGAGAAGCAGAGGAUUUUCAUUAUGCGUGAAAAACCAGACCUGAAUCUCCGCAUGAAGUUGCGAGAGAUGUGA